UACUUAACCUCUACGGCACCAGUCAGUCACUAUCAGAAUAAGUGAUCUGAAUAAGACCGUACUUGUCGAAAUUAUAUCUCUAAAAUUGUUGGUCUUAAAAAUAUGAACCAAAUGCUAAAUUCAAGGAAAUAUUACCUAUUAAGAGGAGAAAGUAUCGUAACAGUAUCCUAACAUUUUUUCAAAUACACCGUUUUUAUAGAAGUUAUGGACCAUAAUUUUCAGUCAAAAAAUCGUCACAGGAAAUUCUUCUUUCAAACAACUGUUUCUUGCACAAAAAUUGACGGCAGAGAAGAAAAACAGAGAAAUUUUUAUAAGAAAUUUUAUAAACUUUAAUUUUGCAUACUUUAUUUUUUACGUCUUUUAAAAACUAAGAUUUAUAAAAGAAGUAACGAAGAACACGUUUUUUAAACCCUCAGUAUCUGUAGAAAAUAAUUUUUAGAGUCUAUCUAGUUAUUUUAGUUUAUAUUCGACGCCAUAAAUGCGUAGUAAGUGUAGAAAAGUUGCACUGCAUGCCAAGUUUUUUUUUUAUUAUAUGCGGUUGGUAGUCAGGACUUGUGUCUCUCACAUCGGUAUUCUAAGAAAAUCGUCGUUGUAGAAAAGUUGUGAAAGAAAAGUUUCAUUUUUAUUUUUUCGUACUGUAAUAAACAAUUUCUUUUGUAUGCACGAAGUCUACAUUCUUUAACAAACAACGAUAAAAUUAAAAAUAACAGGUUAUGGACUCAGGUUGUUGGAAAAUUAAAAAGUAAAAACAAUGUAAGAACCAGUAAAAAUACAAAAAAAAAUGGCGAUGAACACUCAAGUUGAAGAAUCUCAAAUAAAAAAACUAAAAGAUAGUGAAGAUUUCACGAUUUGGAAGUUUCAAGUUAUAAUUCUAUUUAAAUCUCUCGGACUAUAUGAUAUCGUAACGAGAGUCUCAGCAUUGGCAGACAAUGCGUCUGAAAAGGGUAAAGCAGAUUGAAACUUAAAAGAAGCAUGUGCUCAAAAGAUAAUAAUUAUGACGAAAGAAAGACAGUCACUGACUCACAUACUGGUAUGUAAAACUAAUGAAAUGUUCAAAAAAAUCUAUGAAAUGAAUCUAUAAAAGGGACACAGCAAAAAUGCAAUCUGCUUCAAGAAUUUUUUAAUUUUAUAUGUCAAAAAAGGAUCUGACAUCGCUACACAUGUAAACUUGAAAACUUAGCAUAUAAAUUGAAAAUUCUAAAUGCGGAUAUUGAUGACUCUAUGUCGAUGUCAAAAAUAUUUGCGAUUCUGCCAGAAAAAAAUAAAUAUUUUGCAUGUGCCUGGGACUCCACUACUCAAAAUCAGAAAACACUAACGAAUCUUACAUCAAAAUUGCUGUCUGAAAAGAAUAGAUUGCUGGCGACUGAUGCGAAACAAGAUUCAGUAGCAUUUAGGGCGACUGAAAAGAAGUGCUACAAAUGCAAUAAUAUUGGCCAUCUAGCUAAGAUAUGCAAAAUAAAUAAAGGUAAUAUCCAAGAAAUACGCUGUUUCAAAUGCAAUGAUGGACAAAAUUCUACAAGAAAGAAGACACCUCAGGAAACACGCCAACAGCUGUGAAACGGAUGAUGGAUUCUGGAUUCAGAUUCAACAUGCACACAUAACAAAUAAUAAGAAGUUGUUUAAGGAUAUGAAGAAAACAAAGUCAGAAAUCGGAACAAAGGAAUCACAAAUCUUGAAAAGAGUUGGCGUCAUUGAAACAGAAAAAUGUAUACUUAACAAGGAUUUUUAUGUUGCAGACCUAAAUAAAAAACCUAUUAUCAGUUAGCGAAAUCACAGAAAAUGGAAGCAAAAGUAGCAUUUACUAAGGAAAAAGUGAAAAUAUGGAAAGAUAAUGAAAAAUUUGUUGGCUUUCGAAAUGGAGAUGGAUUGUAAAUUUGAGCCAAGAUUCUCUGGAUAGAGCUUUACUAACGCUAACUAAGGAAAAUAAAAGGGCUCUUGAGUGGCAUAACAAAUUAGGACACCUAGGAGAAAGAAAAAAGACAACAUGAAAAAACUAAUGACCAUAUCAGAAG